AUUUAUGCAUUCAUUUGAAGAUGGAAACUUCACUGUGGUCCAAAGUAGUACAGCGAGCACUUGAUCGAGGCAUCUUAUCCGAAACAACACCUAAAGUGUUUAUAUAUCAUCUUGAUAAACUGCAAAAUACUUGGAAACAGCUGUUCGAUGCCUUUCCUCCCAAGACACUUCACACUUUUGCUUUAAAGGCUUGUCCUGUGAAAGGAGUUCUUUCACUUGCUUUCAGUUAUGGUUUCGGUGCAGAAUGUGCUUCUAUAGGAGAAGUUUAUCUGGCUAAAAGCUUUGGUUGUCCUUCAGAAAGAAUUGUAUUCGAUUCACCAGUAAAGACUAUGAAAGACUUGAAGCUGGCUUUGGACGACGAAAUAUAUAUCAACGCAGACAACUUUCAAGAACUUGAGAAAAUACAACAGCUGUUGAGAGAAAACGAGGAAGAGUUGUGCAACAAGCAAGUUAGAGUGGGUCUUCGUAUCAACCCUCAAAUAGGCUCAGGGUUGAUACAGGAAACCAGUACUGCUAGUGCACAAAGUAAGUUUGGUGUACCUUUGAAAGAGAAGCUCGAGGAAAUAGUAGAGUGCUUCCAAAGAUAUUCAUUUCUAAAAGGCAUCCACGUACAUGUUGGUUCUCAAGGUUGUACUUGGGAACUACUGGAGCAAGGUAUUCGUGCUGGAGUUGAUUUACUUGUCCAAUUAAGAGAACGUUUUCCUGAACGCUUACAAACGUUGGAUAUAGGCGGUGGUCUUUCUGCAGAUUAUGACGGUGUAUCUCAAGGUGCUAGCUUUGAAGAGUAUGUUUCAAGGCUUGAAAGGGUUGCACCAGAAUUAUUUGAUUCUUCUCUGCAGCUAAUAACAGAGUUUGGACGACGUUUAUGUGCCAAAGCUGGUAUAUUUGUAUCCCGAGUUGAAUAUACAAAGCAGUCGGGUAAUAGGAAUAUUGUAUUAUGUCAUAUUGGCGCAGAUAACUUUUUACGUCCAGUAUAUCUUCCCAAGAAUUGGAAACAUAGAAUAUUGGUAUUGGAUAAACAAGGUGGCAACAAGUUGUUGGAUGGACGUGAAUAUCCGAUGAUAGAACAAGAUAUUGCAGGUCCUCUUUGUUUCUCUGGUGAUAUAUUUGCAACUGGUCGUCUUUUACCCCGUUGUGAACCUGGUGACUGGCUUGUUGUUUUGGAUAGUGGUGCUUAUACGUUAAGUAUGUAUUCUCGACAUACUUCACAAUGGGUAUCUGCCGUAUAUGGUUUCCAUGAGAAUUCGAAUGAACCAUUUCAACUCUUGAAAAAGGAAGAAAGUCCUGAAGAGUUGAUACGGUUUUGGAGUUGAAGUCUGCAAAGUAUUUUUGUGAAUGAAAAGCGUGAAGAACGACGACAAAGUGUUGUGUGAUGAUAUUUUGACUGCAACGGAUAAAGCCUUUCCCUUUGGAGACGACGUCUUAGACUAUGGCCUCUUUGAGCAUAUUUGGCCAGAAUUUUGCUUUCAAGUAGUCAACUAUUGUGAGAUUAUCUUGUCUAAAAGAGUAAACUCCUUAGGUUUCUCCAUUCAUGGGCCUACUGGUUCAGGAAAAAC